CGAGAGGGAAAGUGGCUCUGUAACAAACACUUGAUUUGCUUUCUCGCAAAUGGCUUUCAGUUAUUUCAUACUUCAGCUGUUAUAGCGAGGGAAAGAAAGCUAGACUGGGUUCAACAAUGUCACUCCCAGUUCUGGAAACGUGUAGGAAGAGGAAGAGAAGACCAAAGGUCUACAGUUUCCACAGUUUUGGAGACCCUGGUUGCCCAAUGAACCCCACAGGUCCCUUCCGCGAUAACAUUCGGCUCUUUCUUCAAGAAUGUGCAGAGCCUGAGGAUUACAAUGUGGAGGGUAUGCCCAUUUGGUGCACUCUCCUUGUCAUUGAGAGUAAUAACUUUGUUGUCCCUCUUUAUACCAUUGAAGAAAACGUCCAUUUUUCCCCAAAUCCUUUCUGUGAUCACUGCAGAUGCACCGGUUGGGGUAAUAAUCUCGUGUCUAAACGGAAGUAUCAUGUGAUAAUACCUAUUGCUGGAGAGUGGAGCAAGCGAUUGGAAGAGGGUGCUCUUGAUCUCCAUACUCAUAUACUGCAUGGCAUGAUUCAUUGCAAUGGCUUUGGCCAUUUGCUCUGCAUCAAUGGCAUAGAAGGGGGUUCCAAAUUCCUCUGUGGUAGAGAAAUCAUGGAUCUCUGGGAUCGUCUCUGUGCAAAUUUACGAGCUCGGAAAGUCAGUGUCGAGGACGUUUCAAAGAAGAGGUCCAUGGAUCUUCGCCUACUGUAUGGAGUUGCAUAUGGGCAUCCAUGGUAUGGCAGAUGGGGGUAUAAGUUCUGCCGUGGAAGCUUUGGAGUUACAAAGCACAAUUAUAACAGAGCAAUUGAAAUUCUCAGCUCCUUGGAACUUGAUAAAAUCAUUCAGGAUUUCAAGAACUCAGACCAAUGCAAAGAGAUGAAACAGAUAAUUCAUUACUAUAGAGAUUUGAGUGAAACCCUGUUGAUGACAUUCAAAGAUCUUCUCAGGUUUAUGCUGACUGUCAAAUCCUGUCCUUGCGCACAGAGGAAACGAAGCAUGGCUCCCACUGCUUCACCUUCCAUUUCCAAGUAUUUGACCCGGGUGGCGUCGCAGAAGAAGCCUCUGAUGAAGGAAAAAUGUAUAAGAUAUAGAAAAUUCAGUUCUUUGGUUGGUACUUUGGAUAGUAGAUGGCCUACAAGAAGGCUAGAAUAUGCAGCAGAGGUAAUUGUGAAUACUUUGAAGGAAAAAAAGGCUGAUAAGUUGAGUAAGGGAGGGAUGAGUCGGCAAGAUGUGAGAGAUGCUGCUCGGAUGCACAUUGGUGAUACUGGUUUGCUUGAUUAUGUAUUGAAAUCAAUGAACAAUGUGAUUGUUGGAACUCAUGUUGUCCGCCGUGCCGUGAAUCCUACAACAAAGAUUUUGGAGUACUCAAUUGAUGAGCUCAAUGGUGGAGUUAGGCCUGUCAGAGUUACUGAACCAGAAGCAGACGUAGUUCCUGAGCCCCUUCCAGUGCUGCCACUAAUUCCAGGAGCUGAUUUGUAUGGUGAUAUGGCUUAUUUGUACACAAAAGUUCUGUUGAAUUACCCUGAAUCAGAAGUGAUUGAAUUGGCAAGUCAGACAGUAUUGGACAGCAAGCACUUUGUGAAGGAGUGGCCAUUUGAUGAUGAAGAGGACCAGCUAUUGAGGUUCAUAUGCCAAGUGAUGCCAAAUAUGAUUGAUCUUGAAGCUAAUUUUAACAGAGAAUUACCUCCUGGGGAGAUUGUCGUCCUCCCAUUGCACGCCACAGUGGCUGAACUCAAGCAAGCAGCUACAAGUGCUCUUAGAGAUAGUUACUGUAUUCUGGAGAAAUUUGUGGUGACUGAGAUAGAACGCAUGGAAGAACUUGAUGACUGGGAGUUGCUGUUUGGAGCUGUUGAAUCAGGGGCAGAUCUUUUUAUGAGGGGGGAUGGCAUGGAUUUAAACACUGAAUUGAGGUAUGAAGGUGGGCCUGACAAUUGGAAGGUAAGAUGUGAAUGUGGGGCUCAAGAUGACGAUGGAGAGAGAAUGGUUGCGUGCGAUAUCUGUGAAGUGUGGCAGCACACUCGCUGCAAUGGCAUUGAGGACUCUGGGACUGUGCCUCCACUUUUCAUCUGUGCAGGAUGCUGUGAUUCUCUGGGUCACUCAAGAGGUGAAUCUCAAGAGGAACUUGAGAAUUCUGAUGAUUUGUUGAUGAUUCCAGCUACUGAAUACGUAGCACAAUUCCUAGAGUGAGGAUAGUGUUGGAAUGUUGUUGGUGAUAAUUGAGUGCAGGAAGAUAUAAGAUUAACUGGAUUAAGGUGAUUACUGCAACUGCAAACUCUGAUGUCAACUAACCUCAACCAAUGGAUUGGGUGAUUUUUCAUGUAUAUGUCAAAUAUUAUUUGACAUCUGCAAAUGUGAUAUAGUACAUACACGAUUCUUUUGUGGAUGAUGUAAAAUUGAGACUUCGUACACAAUUCUUGUAAGUAAAUGAUGUAAAAUGAGAUUUGAAACAGACUUCAUACUG